AUGCAGGAUAAUAUUGCGCAACUGGAACAUCAUGCUCGCGACCCCCGCCGCGCCCAACAACCUCCUGCGCCCACGCCUACCCAGUAUCGCUCACAAUUCCCCGAGCGAACUUCCUCCGCCGCCUCCGUCCGAGGCCAAGCUCAACAGGCUCAGGCAUACGACCAUGGCGCCUACGCGCAAUCGGCCACCUACGAUACUAUGGACCACCCCAACUUUUCCCCCUUCCCCGUGCUGCGGAAUCCACCUCCCAAUGUCCCUCCGACCGAUGAGCAGCGGGAAGCCAACCUGGAGCGCCACCGCGCAGCCAUUUUGUCGACCACCGACCCCGAAGUCCAGCUUACUUGGGCCCAAGAUACCUUGGCCUUUGUUGAAGUGGCCGCACAAAACGAGGACCGCUUGUCCCUCACGCAGCCACCACGUCCCCACACACCUCAGGUGGAACGACAGCUCAAGACUGAUGCUCUGAACAUCGUCAGCUUCUUGGCGGAGCAGCACCACCCUCACGCCGAGUUUAUCAAGGGAAUGUGGUUGGAAUUUGGCAAGUUCGGCUUCCGGGUUGAUCGCAAGGAGGCCUUCCGAUGCUAUUCUAGAGCCGCAGAGAAGGGCUAUGCUCGCGCAGAGUACCGCAUUGGAAUGCAGUUCGAAAGUUCAGGAGAGCCGGAGAAGGCAAUUAGACACUACGAGCGGGGUGUUGCAAUGUCCGAUUCCGCCUCAUACUACCGCCUCGGAAUGAUGAUUCUUCUUGGUCAGCAUGGUCAGCGCCAGGAUUUCCAGCGAGGACUUGAGUGCAUUCGUUUAGCUGCACAAUCUUGUGAUCAAAAUGCGCCGCAGGGUGCCUACGUAUAUGGCAUGCUCUGUGCUCGUGAGCUUCCCCAAGUCAGUGUCCCAGAGGCGUUCUUGCCUGCCGACCUCAACACCGCGCGCGUCAAUAUCGAAAAGGCUGCCUUCAAUGGAUUCGCAAAGGCGCAAGUGAAGAUGGGUGCCGCAUAUGAGCUUUGCCAGCUUGGUUGUGAUUUCAACCCCGCAUUAUCAUUGCAUUACAAUGCCCUUGCAGCACGCCAAGGUGAGCCUGAGGCAGAGAUGGCCAUUAGCAAAUGGUUCCUGUGUGGACACGAAGGUGUCUUCGAGAAGAACGAUGAGUUGGCCUUUACGUACGCCCAGCGUGCGGCUCAGAGUGGUCUCCCUACAGCCGAAUUCGCCCUGGGAUACUUUUACGAGGUCGGUAUCUUCGCGCCGAGUGAUAUUAAAGAGGCCCGAAUCUGGUAUGCCAAGGCUGCCGCCAGCGGAAACAAAGAUGCCUCUGGUCGAAUCGACAGCAUUUCGCGCUCCAAGACCCUCUCCCGAAAGGACCACGAGAAGGUUGCGAUUUCUCGAAUCAAGUCAACACGUUAUGUUGCUCACCAACGCGGAGGAUCUUUGGAAGCCACACCCGAAAACAUCGAGAUGCCAGAUCCCUCCCGCAUGACCUUGUCUGAUCCUCCCUCCUCUGCUGCCCCAUACCCGGAUCGCCCAAUGUCACGCCCUCGUCCCCCGGGUCAGCCCAAUUACCAAAUGCCCGAUCCUCGACCCAGUUCGGCAUUUGGCGUCAACCCAAACUUGCGCAAUGGUCCUCCAGGUCCAGGUUACGGUGGCCCGCCUGGCCCUGGACCCCGGGCUGCAUCUUAUGGACAGGGUCCGCCGAUGGAUUAUCGCCGUCCCAGUCCUGGUACUCCACUCAGUGCGCCUGCAGGACCAAUGAGUCCCCAAGGCAGUAUGAUCAGCCCUACCGGAACACCCCGGUUGGACAUUGGGUACUCUGCACCGGCACCGCCGCCGGGUGGUGACCGACGACGCCCUAAUCGACUCGAAGGAGUUCCGCCAGAUCGCAUACCAGUGCGAACUCCUGUCUCUGCUCACGGUGGUCCUAUACUAUCUCCACGAGCACCCGCGUCUCCUCGUUCGACUGGCUCUCCUUCUUCCGGCACAUUCCCCCCACGCCAGGAGUCACGCCUGCCAUCUAGAGGAUCAGCAUCUUCUACACCUCAGCCGCAGUCAGCACCGCCGACCCAACGACCUGCCGCCGCUCAGCCACCAAAGCCAGCUGGCCAGCCCCCCAGUAAAGGCCCCAAGACCUUCGAGGAAAUGGGAGUCCCCAGUGCUAACAAGGACAAUGAUUGCGCAACUGACAUCUCAGCGAAUUUACACGGCAAAAUUUCAAAGGGUGAGAUUGACUGCACAGUUCAAUCAUACAAAGCAUGGCUGGCUGGCACUGACGGAAAUCCCAACACAGGACAAGCCGUCAAAAUCCUACAAAAGUUGGAGCAAACGGGUGAAAUUACAGCUCGAACAGCAGGAAAACAAAUCGUCUACCAUACACCACAGAAACCAUCCGAUUCCAUCAGCCCCGAAAGUAUCGCCUUGAUCAAAUCCGAGAUCAACGAACUUCAAGACCAGCUACCGUCCAUAAAAGCAGAGGAAAAGAAAGCACGUGCUGCUCUCUCAGCCCUGAAGGCCAAACCUCGAAUUGCAGAACUACAGCUGGAUAUACAGCGGCUAGGAUGCGAACGAGAUAAUAUGCAAGCGCGUCUAGCGAAACUGAAUGGACCUGAGGCCACGGCCAUCCAGAUUACCCCGGAGGAAAGGUCCCAGCUUGAGCAGGAGUGGAAGAUCUGGUAUCGACAGGCUACUAUUCGCCGCCGUAUUUGUAGGGAUAUGUGGGAUCGAUGCAGUGAGGUAUUGCCCGAGAAUACGAGUGUGUUAGAGCUAUGGGUAUGGUGCCCCCAAUACAAUACAAUUACCCUAUCACCAGCUGGUUUUGCAAAUGCCCUGCUAACGUGGCUGCAGGAGUCUUUGGGGCUUGAAGGCGCGCUCCAAUGA